AUGACUUUAUAUUUAGGAUGGACAACCAUAGCAAACAUGAAUGUUGUGCGUUAUGCUCACACAGCAUCCAUAUUAGCAAAUGGAAAAGUAUUAGCUGCUGCCGGAUGCAACAGUGCUGCUACUAACAGUGCUGAAUUAUAUGAUCCAUCGGCAGGUAAUUGGACAAUCACAGGAAAUUUAGCUGUCGCACGAGAAUUUCACACAGCAUCUGUAUUAUCAAAUGGAAAAGUGUUAGCUGCUGGUGGAUCUAGUGGCAGUAGUACUUUAGCUAGUGCUGAAUUGUAUGAUCCAUCAACAGGUAGUUGGAUAAACAUAGGAAAUAUGAAUACUGGACGAGAACGGUUUACAGCAUCCAUAUUAACAAAUGGAAAAGUAUUAGUUAAUGGUGGUUGGUCUGGUAGUGAUGAAACCGCGAGUGCUGAAUUAUAUAAUUCAUCAACAGGUGGUUGGACAAACACAGGAAAUUUGAAUUCUAAACGACAACGGCAUACAGCAACCCUACUAGCAAAUGGAAAAGUAUUAGUUGCUGGUGGAUACAACGGUGCUGUUAUCAACAGUGCUGAACUAUAUGAUCCAUCAACAGGUAGUUGGGCAAUAACAGGAAGCAUGAAUAUCUUACGAGAAUAUCACACAGCAACCCUACUAGGAAAUGGAAAAGUAUUAGUUGCUGGUGGAUCCAACAAUGAUGCUAGCUACAGUGCUGUUGUCAACAGUGCUGAAUUAUAUGAUCCAUUAACAGGUAAUUGGACAAUCACAGGAAGCAUGAAUGUCGCACGAAAAUAUCAUACAGCAGCCGUACUAGCAAAUGGAAAAGUAUUAGUUACUGGUGGAUAUAAUGGUAGUAAUGAUGUCACUAGUGCUGAAGUAUAUGAUCCAUCAACAGGUAAUUGGACAACCACAGGAAACAUGAAUGUCUCACGAGAAUAUCACACAGCAACCAUACUAGCCAAUGGAAGAGUGUUAGUUGCUGGUGGAAAUAAUAAUGGAGCUACUGUCAAUAGUGUUCAACUGUAUUGA